AUGCGCCAGCCACGGUCCGGGCCGGGGAAGAGGCGGGGCCGCGGGCCGCGCAUCCCCGCGGCGACGCUUCGGAAGCAGAAGGCGGCGCUGGCGAACGUUGACCAGAUCACCGGCGCCAAGAUUCCCAAGAGCUUCGUCUUCUCCCGCGGCAAACUCCCCCCCACGCUCCGCCACCUCCAGCAGGACCUCCGCAAGGUCAUGCUCCCCUACACUGCCCUCAAUCUCAAGGAGAAGAAGCGAAAUAACCUCAAGGACUUUGUCAAUGUUGCCGGUCCGUUGGGUGUGACACAUUUCCUAAUCCUCUCAAACCCCAAAAGCCUGCCACAUUUGCGCUUUGCCAAAUCACCGCAGGGCCCAACAUUCACAUUUCAGAUAGAGGAGUACUCACUUGCGGCAGACAUUGCAAACUCCCAGAAGCGCCCAAGGUGCCCACCAGGGAUAUUCCAGAACUCACCACUGGUUGUACUUGGUGGGUUGACAGGUCUCGGCAACCCUUUCAGGAGUUUGGUUGAAUACUUCCAGCAUAUGUUCCCUGCUGUUGACCCAAGCACUGUCAAGCUGGCAACAUGCCAAAGGAUUCUGUUGUUAAAACAUGAUAAAGAGAAGGAUGUUAUUGAAUUCCGGCAUUACUCCAUCAAGCUCCAGCCUGUUGGUGUUAGUCGCAGGAUUAGAAAGCUCAUGCAAAACAAUCAAGUGCCUGAUCUACGAGAAUAUAAAGAUGUUAGUGAUUUCGUGACAAAAGCUGGGUAUGGAUCAGAAAGUGAAGUAGAUGAUGAAGCAGCAAUGGUAAACCUGCCAAGUGAUGUUGACAAAUUAAACCGGGCAUCGAGAAAAAGUGCUGUCAGACUCCAGGAGAUUGGACCAAGGAUGACUAUGCGCCUAGUUAAAGUAGAAGCUGGGCUAUGUUCAGGAGAUGUCUUAUACCCAUGGCCUGUGGAGAAGGAAGUGGUGGGAAAGAAAGGAACAGAAACUGGGGAAGAAGUAGGACAAGAAGAUGAGGAUGAUGCUGAUGCCACAGAUGAGUCCGAGGAUGAGAUGGAGUCUAAGAUUUCUUAUUCUUGUCGGGGUUUCAGAGGGACGGACAUGAUGCCCUACACAACUACAAAGGCUUUGUUUGGUUAUGCUGGUACUGGUAUUGGGUUGGCAUGA